UACAGGAUACAGGGUACCACGCACAUACAUUCGGACAUCAAAAAAACGCUAGAUUCGUGUUCCCUGACUCCUAAAACACCAAGAAAACAUAUUUUUUGAGGGUGCUAAUUUUUCGACCGGUUCCAAUACUUUACCUUACACACUAGGUGUGUGCGGAAAAGUAAAAAUAAGCCAAAAUAAUACAAACAACAAGACGAAAGAGUGAAAUGAAGCUAAGAAUAAAAAGUUUUCUUCGAAGUAUCUUUUUCUUGUAAAUUCAACUAACGCACUUUUUCAACAUUUUGUUCAAGAAUUUAAAUGAACUCUACAGAUUGAAUAGAAAUUGCGACUGACUGACGCGAACGUAUAUAUCCGAAACCCGGACCAAAAAUUACUAAAAUCUGACCAAAAAAUACAAAAACCGUACCAAAAAUACGAAAAUUGUACCAGCAUGAAUUCCGAAAUUCACUUUACUUUUCUGAAGAACUAACUUCCCUGUGAGUUAAAUUUUUCCUUUUUUCAAACAGAACCUGCAAAUUGAUGAUUGGGCUGGAUUAGCAGGACUUUUAUACACGGAGAUAUUUAGUCUCGAUUUCUUAACUCCUUUAAGUGAAUCCGACGCCAAAUUUAAUUUGGAGCCUCAUCUACAAUUAGACUUAAGAAGGUACAUUGAAAUGGUGCGGGGUGCAAGCGAUACCAUAGGUCUCAAUGGACCAGACCUACUUGGAAAUGUAUAUGCACCAAGAGGAAAUAUACAUGUGCACUCACCUUAUUUAGAAGUGUCAGCUUUUAAUCCUCGUUCAAAUUUCAUUGCAUUGAAAAAACAUGAUAACGGAUUUGACCCGACUUUUCGCUCAACCGUAAAUAUACUACAUCGGAAACAAGCAUUGCAAACAACUAAAAAUGCAAACAAUAAAAAGAUUUUCUCUUGGAUGCAAUGGAAGCAGAAAGAUAAUACCCGCGAAAGUCCUGUACCCCAGAUAAUGUUAAAUCCAUUGCCAAUUUUACACCCGAUUUGCAUUGCAAUUCAAAUAUAUAAUCGUGACAGUGAUGAUCCAAUUGACAAUAUUUGCUGGGAUAUUUUAAGAGCGAUUGAAGAAUAUAACAAAGAUAAUGAAUCUGCCGUAAAUUUCGUUUCCAGGUACCGAGGAGGAGCAGGAGAUGAAGCAGACGAAGGUGAUGGAAGGAGUGGUAUGACAUCUGGCGAUCCUUCCAUUGGUUCAUUGGAUGUCGACGAUAAUAAUGACGAUAUAAAUUCAUCAAAAUCAUCAUAUGUAAUUGCUGGAGGACCAGAAAAACUUCCAUGUGGUGCAAAAUCGUCUGAUUCAUCUAAAAAAAACCAUUCAACAAAAUCUUUUCAAUGGACUUUGAGCAAUUGGGGCACAAAUAAACAAAAUAUUCGAGUCGAUCUAGCAAGUCCUGAGGAUAUUUCUCUGGACACUGAUAAUAACAGUUCAAGAGUUGUUUAUGGUACAACAGUCUGAAUUUUCAAACAUUUAAUUUUUUCAUUUAAUAAUACUCUCAUCAUGUAUUAAAUUGAUGGACAUUUUAUAAUUAAAUAAUUUUGCAUUUAUUUCGCACAACUUACACA